AUGGUGAAUCCUGCUUCGAGGAGGCGCUGCGCACAAACCCGCAACCAAAGAAAAGAGAAGAUGCUUUUUCUCUUUCCUUCAGCUGUUCAGCACUUAAGCUCAUCUCUUUCAAUCAGAGCUAUACGUGCCGUCUCUAAAGACGGAACUUGCGAGGUCUGGACUCGUCCAGCAAGGAGGUGGCGGCAAGGGUGGGGAGCGGAGGUCCUGCGAACAGCCAGUCUCGUAUAACUGUGGACCACUACGCGUCGGCAUGGGUGCGCUGAAGAAAGGACGCCACCUUUACACGGCGGGUCUUCUACUUUUUCUGUAUUGCAUGUCAUCUGCCAUCUCCAAAGGUGCUACAGGGGAUGCUCAGUCAGGCGCCCAACCCUCAGUGCAGGGUACUCUGCCGCACUUCAUUCAGGAGCCAGAGGACGCCUACAUAGUCAAGAGCAAUCCUAUUAAACUGCGCUGUCGAGCCACACCUGCCUUGCAGAUCUUCUUUAAAUGCAAUGGAGAAUGGGUUCACCAGAAUGAGCACUUCUCCCACGAGUACAAAGACCUCAACACGGGGCUAAAGGUGAGGGAGGUGAUGAUCAACGUGUCCCGUCAGCAGGUUGAGGAUUUCCAUGGCCCAGAAGACUACUGGUGUCUCUGUGUGGCAUGGAGUCACUUGGGGACCUCCAAAAGUCGCAAGGCUACAGUCCGCAUCGCCUACCUGAGAAAAAACUUUGAGCAGGAUCCCCAGGGGAAGGAAGUGCCAAUCAACGGGAUGAUCGUUCUGCAUUGUCGGCCUCCAGAGGGAGUGCCUGUGGCAGAGGUGGAAUGGCUGAAGAAUGAAGAGCUGGUCAGUUCCCAAACUGACGACAACAUCGACACCAGGGCUGACCACAACCUCAUCAUAAAUGAGGCUCGUCUCUUUGACUCGGGAAACUACACCUGCAUGGCAAGCAACAUUGUGGCCAAGAGACGGAGCACUACAGCCACUGUGACAGUCUUUGUGAAUGGCGGCUGGUCGCUUUGGACAGAAUGGUCUCCUUGUAACGUGCCAUGUGGGCGAGGUGUGCAGAAGAGAUCACGGACCUGUACGAACCCAGCGCCGCUGAACGGGGGAUCUUUCUGCGAGGGCAUGUCUGUGCAGAAGAUAUCAUGCAACUCCCCGUGUCCAAUCGAUGGAGGCUGGGAUGAAUGGAGUGAGUGGACCGUAUGCAGCAGCCAGUGUGAAAGACAACGAAGUCGAGAGUGCAACUCCCCGGCACCCAAACACAGAGGCAAGAUGUGUGAAGGGAACUCAGAGGCCACUGAGAACUGCACAGAUGGACAAUGUACUCAGAAUCGAAAGCUGCUACAUGACGUUAAACCUCAAAGUAUGGACAGUACCAAUGACGUGGCUCUGUAUUCUGGCUUGGGAGCUGGUAUUAUUGCUGUGGGCAUACUGGUAGUGGCUAUCAUGCUGUACAGGAAGAACCAGAGCGAGUAUGGUGUAGAUGUCAUUGAUUCGUCUGCACUUGCUGGAGGCUUUCAGUCCUUCAACUUCAAGACCACUAGACAAGGAAACCCCCUACUUCUCAACUCCUCUCUCCCGCCAGAUUUAACUGUGGGACGCACCUACAGCACAUCCCUGUGCUUCCAGGACGGUGCAGACAAAGAGCUUUUUGACCCCUUGCCAGACAUAAAGGUAAAAGUGCAGAGCUCAUUUAUGGUCUAUGGUGUGGCGGAGCAGUCCGAGUUCCAUGCCAAAGCACCUGUUGAGACAUUCCCACGGGACCUGAGCCGGGAUUACUGCAGCUCAAUAGACAGACGCAAGAAAGGUCUGCUCACCUUCAAUGGACCUUUGAGCAUCGGUAAAGAGCAACUGAGGACCUCUGGUGUGUUUGGUCAACCUGGAGGACGGCUGGUGCUGCCCAACGCUGGAGUCAGCCUGCUGGUGCCACAUGGAGCCGUGGCUGAAAAUAUGUCGUGGGAAAUGUACAUGGUGAUCAGUUUGGGAGAAGCAAGUGUCAAUACACUGGAAGUGUGUGAGAUCCCCCUGAGUCCAGAGGUGAUGUAUGGUCCUCCUGGCCUGGACCUAUCUUGCCCAGUAGCCAUGACCGUGGCUCACUGUGGUGAGGUAGACUCUGAGAACUGGAACAUCCAUCUCAAGAGGAGAACCCAGGGCAGUGAAUGGGAGGAGGUAAUGUUAGUGGAGGAUGAGUCCACUUCUUGUUACUGCCUAAUGGACACCACAAGCUGCCACCUGCUGCUCAACCAGCCUGGUUCCUACGUACUCGUGGGCGAGCCCUUGACACAGGCUGCCAUCAAGAGGCUGAAGCUGGCUGUGUUUGGGAACAUGGAGGGCACUUCCAUGAACUACAGCCUGCGGGUGUAUUGUGUGGAUGAUACACCCCAUGCCUUUCAGGGAGUGGUGGCAGCAGAAAAGAGCAGAGGCGGUCAGCUCCUCGAGGAGCCAAAGAUGUUGCCUUUUCGAGCAAACACCUUCAGCCUGCAGGUGUCUAUCCAGGAUGUCCCUCAGUUCUUGUGGAGCAUCAAACCCUUUACCACCUGUCAGGAAUUCUCCUUUGCCCAAGUGUGGUGCAGCAACCUGCAGCCUCUGCACUGUGCCUUCUCCCUGGAGAGAUACAGUCCCGCCACGACCCAGCUCUCCUGCAAAAUCAGCGUGCGGCAGGUCAAAGGCCAUGAACAGAUUCUGCAGGUUUACACAGCUGUUUGCAAGACUGAAAAGGAAUUGGUUCCAAUUUUCAUGCAGACGGACUGCACCAUCACCUCUCAGACGGGGCCCAGGGCUUUCAAAAUCCCCUUAUCCAUCCGCCAGAGGAUUUGCGCCACCUUUGACACUGCCAACGCCAAGGGCAAGGACUGGCAACUCUUAGCCCACAAACUCCAUUUAGAUCGAAACCUUGGUUAUUUUGCAAAGCAGCAGAGUCCCUCAGCCAUCAUCCUGUGCCUAUGGGAGGCCCGCCACCAGGACACGGCUGACCUCGACUCUCUCGCCAGUGCCCUUGAAGAAAUUGGCAAGAUCCACCCCAAAAGUUACCCCAAGGAUCUGGAUGAGGAGGAGACUGACUUGAAUCAAAUACAGGCGUGCAGCCUUAGAUGAACGUGCACAUUUCCAAAUGGUACAGCAGAGGACUCGGCAUCUCAAUAGCCAGGCUGAGGGAAGAGCAUCAGGCUGUCUGAAUGCAGAUGACAAACUGGUGAUGUAGAAACAUUGAUCUGCCCGAACAGGGAAAGGUUAGGCUUUAGUACCUGCUGUGGAUUCAACUACGACUCUACUUUUUAUUAAUGAUGCUAAUCAACUUCUUCACAUUAUUCUUUUGUUUAUAAUUUCAUUUUCCUUGCUUGUAUUUCAUCCUAGUGGAUUGGUGGGUGAAGAAGUCAAGUAAUUUCUGAAUUGGCACGAAAACAAAACUGAAAUGCACCAUCUCCUGGCGAUACUAUUGGCAGAAGAUAUUUAAUGCUUAAAUGUUGUAUUUAAAACUGUCUUGAAGAUUUAGUUUUUCACAACAAAGAGCAAACAGAAAAAAUUUCAGACUAAUAUACAAAGUGUAAUAAAAAAAAAUACAAUAUAGGCCUACUUUACGUGUAUCAUCUGUCCUACGGCAGCAUGGACAGUGUGACUAUCUGACGUGGUUACUGUCCAGUGAUAGUGAUUUCAUACCACAUUUUUAUAGCUGAUAACACUUUUUUUCCACUGCCAGAGAGAUGAGUUAAUUUCCGAGAGCUGUCGGGUGCAUGACUGUGACUUAUCAACCAAUUUCACCAUUAGGAGCUGUCAUGUUGACUUCACAUGAGCACACCAAAUUCAAUGCAUCUCUGUUUAUACUGGGGUAGCAGGAUGUUACCAAAACCGCAAGUAAAAUAUAUUCACUAUACGGUUAGACACCACCAAAUGUUUGACAUUGUUGCAAAUUUGGGCAGGGGUCAAAGGACAAACUCUAAAUAAUCUAACAGUCACUUCUCAGUAAUGUUCUGAUGUUGGUUUCACUCGUUUUUUUUUCUUUUAUAUUUGUCAGACUAAUUAAGUUCACCCAGGAGGAAAGGCUUUGGGAGUUUAUGCUAACAGAGAACUGACUGAAAUAAUGAGUAGGUAAGACCGGCGACAAUUGUAACAUUUUUUACAUUUAUGUCUCUAACCAACCUCUUUUGACCGAAGGCGGGGACGAACACCGUAAAUAUUGAACGGGGCCGUGCAUGUAUACAAGAUCCACUAUCCAACUCAACAACAAAAUAACCACAUACUGUAAUUUAGCUCCCAGUGCAACAAGCUUUCUUGCACAAAAAUGAUCGUUCAAGGAUGCCACAAAAAUGCUGAACAAGAAACCAACAUUAAAGCGCAAGAACUCAAUUAGUACAGUUUUUCACACACAAAAAAAAUCAAUUCACUCAAAAAUGUAAUAUACCUAUUC